GACAGCGACAGCGCGAGAGAGAGAGAGCGCGAGAGAGAGAGAGCGCGCGAGAGAGAGAGAGCGCGAGAGAGAGAGAGCGCGAGAGAGAGAGAGCGCGAG